CAUGCCCACGCAACACGCCCGAGUGUCGUUCCUCGCCGCCGUUUGCGUCCCCACAGAGGCGGGCCAGAGCGAGCCACACGGGAAGAGAGAGAGACUGAGAAAGAGAGAGAGAGAUCGGGAGAAAUAUAUAUAUAUAUAGAGCGAGAGAGCGCCGGCUUCCCCGCUUGGCGACUUGCUGGUGGAUUUCCAACCUUUUUUCCCCCUCCUUUGGCUCCUUCUCGGCGGCUCCUCCCCUCUUCUGACUCCAUCAAAUCCUCGGACGUGAACAGUUUCACUGAAAAGCACUUUUUUGGGGAGGGAGAGAGAAAGGACGAAAGAAAGAAAGAGGGGAAACCCACCAUCCGGGGGGGAAAAGGCACCGGAUCCAAACUCCCGGAGUUUUUCGCAGGGAUUUGUGUUUCGCGUGGGAUCGCGCCGCUCUCUCUCUCUCCCAGGCUGAGAGAGGAGACCUUGGGGUUGGCAAAGGAGCCCCCCUCUUCCCUCCCUCCUUUUAAACAAGAGGAGACCCUCCUCCCCUCCGCUCGCCUUGCGCGCCUCUCUGCUCCGCACUCAACUCUCUUCCUCCCUUCCUUGCUUCCUUCCUUCCUUCCUUUCUCUCUCUUGCAAGGCAUGGAGAGAGAGGCUCGCUGCUCCUUGGCUUGGCUCGCCUGGGCAUGGCUUUUGCUCGGCUCCGGGUCCUUCACCGAGGCUGAGAUCACUUGCCGGGCUUCUUGGGCUGCUUCUUUGUCGCCUUUCCGGGGGAAGCGGACUCAGCAACAGCCUUCGCCUCCGCCGCCUUUGGAGCUUCCUCGGGGAGUGUCGCUUGGGCCGAGAAAGAGCGGCAGUUUGGAGCAAGAAGGGGAAACCCUGCAAGGGAAAGCUAGCUUUGAAGGAUGGCAGGCUCGGGAGGCUCCCCAAAAGCCGCUCGCUGUUGGAGAAGCGCAGCACCGAGGAGCAGCAACCCAAAGCGCGCCUCAGAACCAAAAGGAUGUCGGAAAAGCGCGGCUUGGAACGAUGGCAGCAUUGGGAGCCGCCCAAAGCCUCGGCAAAGCGUCUCUCUUGAGCCCAGCUGGUCAAGUUGGGGGUGAAAGCAUCCCAGGAAGGGAAAGGAGGGAUUUGGUGGGUAAAGGGAACACCUCGCUUGGGAAGAAGAGGAGUCGGGCGCGGAGGGACAGCGAGCAGGCUUCUGCGCCGGACGCUUUCGGGGAGGAAAGGGCCCACGAGGGCUUGAAUGGGGGAUCCUCUUUCACCCAGGGCCAAAGAUCCGCCCGGGUUCAAGGCAAAGGCUCCCGAGAGGAAGGGCGGAUGGGCAAACUGCGCGCAGGAGGAGCAGCAGGAGGCAGCGAGGAGUUGAGGCUGACCAGCACCACCUUUGCGCUCAACGGAGACUCGGCCCACAACCAAGCCAUGGUGCACUGGUCCGGCUACAACAGCAGCGUGAUUCUCAUUCUUACAAAGCUUCAUGAUUUCAACUUGGGAAGUGUUACUGAAAGCUCACUCUGGAGGUCCACAGAUUAUGGUACUACUUAUGAAAAGCUAAAUGACAAGGUGGGAUUGAAAACAGUUCUGAGCUACCUUUAUGUCAGUCCUACUAAUAAGCGGAAGAUAAUGCUGUUAAGCGAUCCUGAAGUUGAAAGCAGCAUAUUGAUUAGUAAUGAUGAAGGUGCCACCUACCAAAAAUAUCGACUCAGCUUCUACAUCCAAAGUCUCCUCUUCCACCCUAAACAAGAAGACUGGAUUCUAGCAUAUAGUAUCGACCAAAAGCUCUACAGUUCAAUGGAUUUUGGGAGAAGGUGGCAGAUCAUGCAUGAGCGGAUUACACCCAACCGAUUUUAUUGGUCUGUCACGGGCUUGGACAAGGAGCCUGACCUUGUACACAUGGAGGCUCGGAGGACAGAUGGACGUGCCCAUUAUAUAACCUGUAGGAUUCAAGAAUGUUCAGAAACAACCAGAAAUGGACCUUUUUUGCACUAUAUUGACGUUAGCUCACUUGUCGUCCAGGAUGAGUAUAUUUUCAUUCAGGUGACUGAUGGCGGAAGAGCAAAUUACUAUGUGUCCUACAAAAGGGAACCCUUCAUGCAGAUAAAAUUGCCCAAGUACUCACUGCCAAAGGACAUGCAUAUUAUCAGCACAGAUGAGAAUCAGGUGUUUGCAGCAGUUCAGGAAUGGAACCAGAAUGACACAUACAACCUUUACAUCUCCGAUACCCGAGGGGUCUACUUCACCUUAGCCUUGGAGAAUGUCAAGAGCAACCGAGGACUUGAGGGGAAUGUCAUUAUUGAUCUGUAUGAGGUAGCAGGGAUCAAAGGCAUAUUCCUGGCUAACAAGAAAGUGGAGGACCAAAUUAAGACGUUCAUUACCUACAACAAAGGGAGAGACUGGCGCUUGCUACAGGCUCCAGAUUCAGAUUUGAGAGGAGACCCCAUACAUUGUCUGCUGCCCUUCUGUUCUUUGCACUUGCACCUUCAAAUCUCUGAAAAUCCUUACACAUCAGGCAGUAUCUCAAGCAAAGAAACAGUUCCUGGAUUACUUGUUGCUACAGGCAAUGUAGGUCCAGAAUUAUCAUAUACUGAAGUUGGAAUGUUUGUUUCUUCUGAUGCUGGAAAUUCUUGGAGACAGAUCUUCGAAGAAGAAUACAGUGUAUGGUUCCUUGACUGGGGUGGAGCACUUGUAGCCAUGAAACACACAUCAAUGCCCAUUCGUCAUGUGUGGGUGAGUUUCGAUGAAGGAAGAACCUGGAAUAAAUAUGGUUUCACAUCAGCACCGCUCUUUGUGGAUGGCUCCCUAGUGGAGCCAGGCAUCGAAACACAGAUAAUGACGAUCUUUGGCCAUCUCAGUCUCCGUUCUGAGUGGCAACUCAUAAAAGUGGAUUAUAAAUCCAUCUUUAGCCGGAGGUGUACCAAGGAUGACUUCCAGACAUGGCAUCUUCACAACCAGGGUGAACCUUGUGUCAUGGGAGAAAGGAAAAUCUAUAAGAAGCGAAAGGCAGGGGCAUGGUGCUCACUGACUAGAGAGUAUUCAAGAACAGUUGUUUCCGAACCCUGCAUCUGCGCUGAAUGGGACUUUGAAUGUGACUAUGGCUAUGAAAGGCACAGCAAUAAUCAAUGCAUCCCAGCAUUCUGGUUCAACCCAUCUUCCCAGUUGAAAGAAUGCAGCCUUGGACAGAGCUACUUGAACAGCACAGGGUAUCGUAGGAUUGUUUCUAAUAAUUGCACAGAUGGGCUGCAGGAAAAAUAUGCAGCCAGAUCUGAACAAUGUCCGGGCAAAGCUCCUCGGGGUCUGCAUAUCCUUACAUCAACUGGGAAAUUGGUAGCAGAACAAGGAUACAACACUACUUUCAUAAUACGCAUGGAGGAGGGUGAUCUCCAAAGGACAAAUAUCCAGCUAGAUUUUGGAGAUGGCACUGCUGUGUCCUAUGCUAAUUUCAGUCCUAUAGAAGAUGGCAUCCGACACAUUUAUAAGAGCACCGGGAUAUUCCAAGUGACUGCCUAUGCUGAAAACAACUUGGGUUCUGAUCUGGCAGCACUCUUUUUGCAUGUGGUCUGUCCAGUGGAACGUGUUGAUUUGAGAGUCCCAUUUGUGGCCAUCAGAAAUAAGGAAGUCAAUCUCACUGCUGUGGUUUGGCCCAGCCAAUCGGGAACCCUCACCUACUUCUGGUGGUUUGGAAACAAUACAAAGCCAUUCAUAACCUUGGACAGCAGCAUUUCUUAUACUUUCACUUCUGAAGGAAUGAAUACCAUCACAGUACAAGUCUCAGCUGGCAGUAUUCUCAUCCAGGACACGAAGGAUAUAGCUGUUCAUGAAUAUUUCCAAUCUCAGUUGUUAUCAUUCUCCCCAAAUUUGGAUUAUCACAAUCCGGACAUCCCUGAGUGGAGAGAAGAUAUCGGCAGGGUCAUCAAGAGAGCCCUGGUACAGGUUACUGGCAUUCCUGAAGAACAGGUUCUGGUGGCAUUAUUCCCUGGUUUGCCCACAUCUGCUGAACUCUUCAUCUUACCCCAUCAAAACAUAUCAGACAGAAGGAAAGGCAGCGAAAGUGACCUGGAGCAGACUGUUGAAAUCCUCUUCAAUGCAUUGAAUCAGAACCUGGUCCAGUUUGAAUUGAAGCCUGGUGUGGAAGUCAUAGUGUAUGUCACUCAAUUGACAUUAGCACCUCUUGUGGACUCAGGUGCUGGGCACAGUAGUUCAGCAAUGUUGAUGCUGUUGUCUGUGGUCUUUGUCGGCUUGGCUGUUUUUUUAAUCUACAAGUUUAAAAGGAAAAUCCCUUGGAUUAAUAUAUAUGCUCAGGUCCAGCAUGACAAGGAACAAGAAAUGAUUGGUUCCGUCAGCCAAAGUGAAAAUGCUCCCAAAAUCUCUCUGAGUGAAUUCACAGACCCUGAAGAACUCAUGGACAAAGAGCUGGACACACGAGUUAUAGGAAGUAUCUCAACGAUCUCCAACAGUGAAAGCACAAAAGAAAUACCCAACUGCACUAGUGUUUGAUACCAGGAAUCAACUCUGACAGUGACAUUUCUGAGUUUUUAUUUUUAAUUAAUAAUAUUAUUAUUACAAAGGGAAAAUUCUAUGUCAUUAUUAUAAUUAUUAUUAUCAUUAUUAUUAUUAUUGGGUGCAGGGUAUGGGAUUUUUUUAAGUUCUGGUUUUUUAAAAAGUUUUCUUCCCUGGGGCCACAUUCAUAAAUUUAAUAUUUGAAAAACUGUAUCAUAGAAAAAUACAAGCUUCAUGGAAAGCAGGAGUAAGACCCUGAACUUACAUUUUGGGGUACAUUUUCUAUUUUCUUGUGUAGCAAAAAUAAUUGGCCUACUUUGCUAGUGGCGGAUUCAGAAGACAAUUGGAUUGUUCAGAUCCAGGCUUGUUCUUAUAGAGUAUAGGGUUCUCCCCCCACUUAGCAGCCUAUUGGAUCCAGUCCACUGAGUAUAUAUAUAUUAUAUUGUAUAUCUUAAAAAUGGGGAAAUAAGCCUUCCAUGGUUAACUGUCUGGGUUCUCAUGAGGGUGGGCAGGAUGCACAAAAUGGCCACUAACAAGCCUGACCAAGUUUAUGAAUGAGGCCCUCCCUGGUGCAUGUUAAUACUGAAGAUACUGAUGGCAAACUGUAGAUAAUGACCAUGUAAAUAUCUUUUUAUUUCCUGAGAAAUAAUUUAAUGUUUAGUAAAAGAUAAAUUUAAAAUGAUCAAACCACACACAUGCACACCCCCUUCACACCUACAUAAGAAGCAAAACAGUUCACUGAGAUCCUGCAGUGAGCAGCUGAAUCACAUGUGGGGUCUAAAUACGUAUCGGUUGCCUGUCAUAUUUAACUCUUAAUCAAUGUUGCAAAGGGAAAUAAGAUAAAGAAGGAAAUACAUUUCAGUGAUUUUAAGAUAUUGGGUAAUGGAUACUUUGGGAAUUAAAAACACACCUAAGGUAUUUGAUCUUCUUUGGAAACAGUGGGUGUUCAGCAUCCACUGGCAUUGGUCCCAGGACACCUUGUGGAUACCAGAAUCGAUGGAUAUGGUCAGUCUGAGUGUAUGGGAAAAGGCCCUGAGCCACAUCUUUAAUUAAUAUGAAGUCUCAAAAACAUUCCAUUCAAUUCAUGAAUUACUCAUUUGAAUCAGAGGGUUGGACAGGAAAAUAUGCUUGAUCAAGAAAGCAAGAGAAUAAUGAAUCUGAGCCAUCAAUAGUUUUUAAUUUUUAACCUAAGCUAUCGGCUACCACAACAAAUUGAAUUGUUCCUUCUCUGCCAUGUUCAGUCCUUAAACCUAUGAAUCAUUCACAAUUUGUUCUACCUAGUCAUAGUCACCUUUAGCGCACUUUGUAGUAGCUUCACAGUACUUCUGGUUUCAAAUUCAGAUGAUGAUGAUGAUGAUGAUGAUGAUGAUUAUGCAAGUGGGCAUGCUGAUGUCUCUGUGUGAUUGUCUUUGUACUCAGCCUUUGUGGUGCUGAGCAGCUCUCCAGUGAAGAUUAUCUGAGAUCAGAAACACCAGAUGUUACAAACCAGCAUGGUGUUAUUAUUCUCGCAGCAGUAAAGAAAUCUGACCGGUCAUGAGAAAUAAUGGGAUAAACUAACUAGGAAAUGUAGAUGAGGGAUUUCAGCUCUGCCAUUUCAUUGAUGGUGAAGCUGUUAGCUGAACAAUAGCAUGUUUUAUUACUGGAUUAUUUGAAUUCAUGUGUGCACGGUGGAAGUAUCCAUACUGAAUUUAAGCCAUGGACAGAUAUGAGCUCAUGAUUGUUACCAGCAGUAUAAUAAAGCAAAUGCCCUACAUCAAUUUCACUCCCAGGAAGUCUCCAACACCAUAGAUCAAAUAGCUCAAAUAUAAGUGGAAAGAACAGAAACAAUUCAGAAAUAUUCAGCCCAUCCCCAAACUCCUGAUUUGCUUCAAGUCAAUAACGCUACUUUAUAGGAAAUUGCCAUUACAGUUAAGUGUUCCAUCAAGAUAUUUUUGAGAGAAUAAUGAUGAUACGGCUUCCAAGACAUUAAAAGAGCCUCACAUGGAAGGGAAAAAUACUGUAAAGUACAAAGGUCUCAUUAGAAUCAGAUACUGAAGACAUAAUCAACAAGAUUUUUCUUCUCUAACAGAGGUCAUAUGUUCUAGCAGAUUAAAUCAACAGCUGUUUCUAUUUCUUGAACUUGAACUGUAAUUAUGGCAAAAAUGUCAAAAUAUUACAUUCAGCCCUAGGAGGGAAAAUAUUACCUUAGACUACAACUCUUUGAAUCCACUGCUAUGCAGUUCAAAAAGUAACUUUUCAACAUGGUUUCCUAUACAAUACCAACUCAGUUCAUCAGACUCUCAUUCCUAGCUUUGCUAGACUGGGAGCUUUCAGACUAAAGACCCAUGCUUCCCCCUUAAGAGAAUUAUAUAUAGGAUUUCUGUUACAAGAGGGCUCUCAUAUCUUUAAUGGUUGUAUAGAAGAAAAUACUUCCACAAAUGUUGUUUGUUACCUGGUUUACAUGAGAAAGCAACACCAGCUGAAAUAUUAAAGAUACGGAAUCCCUCUCCAGUUUUUGGUUCAGCAACUCUAAUUAAAGCCAAAACAAACCCCACCCCAAAAUAAAUACAUGCUAGACCAGAAAACAAACAAUGCAUCAACAACCCAAAUAAAAAAAACAACUACCACCUCAAUUUUCCAAUAAACCUACUCACUUUGACUUCCUGUUUCUUUUACUUGGCAAUAAGCAUUAUCUAUAAGGGGAUAAUACAUUUCAAAAACAAUGAAGUAAGUCUCUAUAAUCAUGAUGCCUGGUGGGCUGCUGUACCUUAACUAGGAUAGAUUGAAAUGAUAAAAAGAUAGUACAUCAGCUUGUAUUGAUCAGGACCAAAGUGCUCUAACCCUCUGUGGUGCUGCCCCCAUCAUCUGCUGAUCUCUGGAUUGUCUUCUGGGCUGUGCUUGCCUUAGGAGCCCUGGAUAUUGGCCCCAUAGUCUCCACUGAGUACAACUUCUUUUGACUGAGAGAGCAGAAAUCCAAAUGGAUUACUUUUACAAGCUGGCAAAGUGACAUAUUUUGCUUUUAUUUGUAUUAAGCUUAAAUAAGACAGACAACUGUGAUACUUAUUUUAAAUGAAGUAUGACAAAUGCAUGAAUCAUAUAUAUACAUAAAAGUACCUAUAUACUGUUCUUGGUUUUAUUGUUCCAUUUGAAUAUUUCUACUUUAAAAAAAGGCAGUGGUUUUGAAAUUGUUGAAAAUAAAUGUAUUUUUGUACAUCAAA